AAAAAUAGAUAUUUAUAUUUGAUUGCAUGAGCAGAAAAGAAUAAGACAUCAAGAGAUUGAUUGCUUCAUAAGUAAAAAUGUUAUGUAAAUGAUUUCUUCUAGUGUCACAUUGGUACAAAACAACUCCAUUUUGAUAUGAAGAGAUAUGUAUCACACAGAAGUGAUAAUGGUGCAUAUAUUCUGAAUUUAGAGGAAACCUGGUAGCACAUAAAAUUAGCUGCCAGAGUAAUAGCAGCAGUUGAUUAACCUCAAGAUGUUAUGGUAUAAUAAAUGAUGAUUAAUAAAGGUUGUUUCAUCAAGACCAAUUGGAUAAAGAGCAGUCAUAAAAUUUGCUCACUAUACUCAUGCUAGCUCAACAAGAUCAUCGAGAUGGACACCAGGUACAUUGACAAAUCAAUCAAACAGUGCUAGUGGAAAAUUCUAAGAACCUUAAUUGUUGAUAGUAACAGAUCCACAUUUGGUAUAUAUUUAAAUAAAUAUUUGUUAGGAUAAAUAAGCUAUUGUAGAAGCAUCUUAUGUUAAUAUUCCAGUUAUUGCUUUAUGUAAUUCAGAUAAUCCUUUGUAAUAUGUUGACAUUCCAAUUCCAGUUGGAAAUAGAGAAACUAAAGCAAUAUCAAUGAUCUAUUGGUUAUUGGCCAGAGAAGUCAAGAUCUUAAGAGGUGAAUUAAGAUAAGGUAUAAAUUAUUCUAUAAUUUUAUAGAUGAGGAAUGGGAUGUUUUAGUUGAUUUGUUCUAUCAUAAGGAAAUCACUAAUGAUUAAUUAGGUGUAGCAGAUAACUAAGUUAAAUAAGAAGGUGAUGGAGAAGAACCAGAACAAUAAGGUGAUGCAGAAAAAGCUGAUAAAGAUUGGUGAUAAAAUAUAUUAUAAUUAUGUAAAGUACAUGUAUGUCA